CAUCUUUCCUCAUCCUCGUCGACUCGAGGGAAAAAAAAAAAAACUCGUCGACUCCUCCAGUGACAUCUCCAAUCGCCGCCGUCCCCGGCGCCGCCCCUCUCGCUAUUGUCCUCGGUGCGGCACCUCCUACAUCUCUGCCUCACCGCUUUAGCACGGGCAGUCGCCCACCACGCCCGAGUCCCGACUGCGCUAGAUUCCACCCGAAGCCGGCGACCAUCAUACCCGUGCGCGCUAGCUGGGCUGGAUCUCUCACCUCCGCCGCCGGCAAGCGAGCGUGGUCUAGCGCUGCAGUGGUUUCAGCGACCUUAGUUCGGCCCGUCUUACGACCCCCUUGUUUCGCACGCUACAGACGUCGGCUGUUAACAUCUGCGGGUGCAUCUGCGGUCAGCCUUGUGCGAAGCUGCCGGCGAUGUCGUCUCUCAACUCGCUCUUCAACCGAUCCACCUUCGGCACAAAAUGUAAAACAUGUUUGAAUCUCGUCAUUUCGAGGAUCAAGCUGCUGCGCAACAGGAGGGACUUACAACUAAUAAAUAUGCGCAAAGAAAUGGUUCAAUAUCUUCAGACUGGCCAGGAAUCUAUUGCAAGGAUUCGAGUGGAGCACAUUAUUCGGGAGCAAAAUAUAUUGGCUGCCUACGAGAUCAUAGAGCUUUUCUGUGAAUUUGUUCUGGCAAGAGUCCCUAUUGUGGAGGUCCAAAAGGAAUGCCCCUUAGAACUGCGUGAAGCAAUUGGCAGUAUAAUCUUUGCAUCAGGAAGAUGUUCAGACUUGCCUGAGCUAAUGCAUCUCCGUAAUUUGUUUACCACCAAGUAUGGAAAGGAGUUUGUCGCUGGCGCUAUGGAAUUGCGCCCUGACAGCAGUGUUAACCGCACAAUAAUUGAAAAGCUCUCGGUGAAGGCUCCAUCAGGUGAAUCAAAGCUAAAAGUCUUGAAAGCUAUUGCCCAAGAGUACAAUAUUGAAUGGGAUUCAUCUAAUACUGAAGCAGAAUUCAACAAGAAAUAUGAAGAUCUACUGGACGGCUCAGGAUCUUCAGUCCACCAGGUCCAGCCACCUAUCAUUGAGGGCUCAGUGAGCUCACCAGUUGCUUCUGCUUCAAGAGAUAAGCUGGCAGCAUUGAAUUCACCUGUCAUUGAUGCCGAAAAACAUCAAAUUCGCGAGUCUCCGACUUCACUAGCUGGAGGUACAAGAGCUUGUGUUGCCACUAAGGGCAAUGUGGCAACCAUGGAGCAUCACUCCCCCGCUGAGGAAAUGCCCUCCACCAGCCCAAGUUCAUCAGACGCACUGGAGAAAGCCCGAGCUGCUAUAGCAGCUGCCACCCGUGCAUCUGCUGCUGCUCGUGCGGCAGCUGAACUUGCAAAAGUGAAAAUUACAAGUCAGUGACGCCUUCAGUUCCAUCAAGGCGAGUCACAGAUCCAUCAAGGCGAGUCAGGAAAUUCACGAUUUACGAAUCUGGCAACGCAGCACCAGGACAGACUGAAAUAUAUUUCAUUGAUGAAUAACUUGUUACUGUGUAUUCCAUUUGUGAGCACUUAUCACAUCAUAUGAGGAGCGUGGCUUCCCGUCCUCCUUUGAAUUUAAUCAAAGAAAAUGUUCGUGGUUUGCCUGUUUGGAAAGCAAGAAUGUCACAUUUACUGUUCA